AUGAGGCCUCCGGGAACGGCUCCAUUACCUGACAUCUCUAAACUUGCUAUAGAGCAAAAGAAAGAGAGUAACCUCGUCCACCAUAAUAACCAACCCGGCUCAUUCCGUGGUAGAGGUAGGGGACGAGGUGGCACGUUUAACGCACACAGGCGAGGACGUGGUCGCGGGAACACACCAGGCUUCAGCCGUGGUCGUGGUCGUGGCCGUAGUGUGUCGUUUAAACCUCAGAUCAAGACUGAUCUAUGCCAUCGUUGUGGUAUGGGGAACCAUUGGGCAAAGAACUGCCGUACUCCUAAGCACCUAUGUGAACUUUAUAUCAAAAGUCUAACAGAGAAACCGGAAGCUCAUAUGGUUCGAGACUCAGGAUAUGAAGGAGAUGAUGACGAAGAGGACACAGAAUAUGUCCAGAACAAAGAGGAAGGAUCAAACCAAGAUACCGAGAUGGAGUUUCAGACUUCAGACAUUCUGAAAUAA